AUGGCUUUCACUCGACAAGCCAAAAGACAGCACCGCAUUCCCGCGAGGACAGUGUCAAGCUAUACACAGAGAGAUGAGUUGUGGAGUGAACUGGAAGAGAAGCUGAAGAUACAACACAAAGAAGCGGAUGUUCCAUUCGCGGUUGCUCUACACGGACUAGGGGGCGCUGGGAAGUCUCAGCUGGCCCUCAAAUACACUGAAAAUAACGUGGAUCAUUACAGCUCAAUUCUUUGGAUUGAUGCAUCAAAUGAGGCCUCGAUUCGAGCAUCUUUUUUUGAAUUCGCUUUACAGACAGGGAUUAUACCUCCAAGCCAAAGCGCCAUCAGUGAUGAUGAGGCAACCCAGAGAGUGCUUCAAUGGUUUCGCGACCAAACAGAACCUAGUGGUAAAUGGUUGGUUGUUAUUGACAAUGUUGAUGAUUUGUCCUCGGAUAUCCAGCGGGUCAUUCCAAAAGGGCCUCAAGGAACACUCAUCAUCACAAGUCAAGAUGAACGGAGUCACAUGCUCGUCAAAGGAGGUUGUGAAUGUAUUUCUGUCGCCGCAAUGACACCAACCGAGGGAAGAAGGCUGUUUCUUCAACAUUUACCCUGGGAUUUCGACAAGACUCCGAGCGAUAUUCAAACUAUCUGCGACCGGCUGAGCGAAGUGCUUGGAUACUUAGCCCUUGCGAUCGACCUCGCAGGUGCUUAUAUUGGCAAUGAUCCUUUCCCUGAACAAGCCCUCAUUCAGUAUCUGGAAGACUUCAAGAAGCACCGCGAUCAGGUGUUACAGACCGACGGUCUCCGUAGUCUUCCAGCAUCUGGCAAGACAGUAUGGACGGUUUGGACAACGACACUCGAGAGAAUUGAUAGAGACUAUGCGGACUUGAAAGCGGGUAUGCUCUUCAUAUUUCUCGCGAAUAUUGAAGGGAAUAUUAUUCCAAAUGAACUUUUUCGCCUGGCAAGCCAUGGAAUGUCGUAUAUAGACCGUGAGCUGGGCGAAGCCGGAUUUUCCGAGUUGCGGGAUUUUACAGCUGUAGAAGGAGCCAGUUGGGAUAGUUUCCAGUACAGACGAGCCUUGGAUUUGCUGGCUCGCUACAGCCUUGUGCAAAGGGUGGGUGGCGAUUGGGCUGGUGUCACUAUGCAUGACCUAGUUCGCUGGCGAGCGAUGAAAAACAAUCAGCAUCACCCAUGGAAGUGUUGGCAUGCGAUUUUUGUGUUGGCAGCUUGUCAACAGUUCAUUGUUGAGAUGUAUUGGUUCUAUUUCCCUGACUUCUUACUUACCCACAUCCAGAGCAUCAAAGAGGGCUACUGUGAUAAGAUCCUAGACUCAGAUGCGCAGAAUAACCUUUGGUGGCGCACAGCCGGCAAGAUUCAUUACCACAGACGUGAGUGGAAUGAGAGUCAAAGAUUCUGGGAACAACUUUCUGAUGCUCUCAAAAUCAAACUCGGAGAGGACCAUGACGAUACAUUGUCAAUUAUGAGUGAUCUGGCAUCGGUGUACUUAAACCAAGGCAAAAAAGACCAGGUCAUGGAACUAUAUGCACGGAUACUCAACUUCCAGAGGAUCAAAAACGGAAACAAACACCCAACCACUUUGCGCACCAUGUCCAUUGUUGCACAUCUGUAUUGGAAGCAGGGUCGUGUGGACAUGGCUCAGAACUUAUAUGAGGAAGUGAUGGAAGCUCGCAGUCUUGAAUUCCGAGCCCACAUUUCGCCAACGAAUUUCAAUUUUGCCGAGCUAGCGCGUGCGUGUUGGCAGGAUUGGCAAUACUGGAGGCAUAACUACCCGCCUUUACAUAUUCGGAGAUUUUAUGUGCGAGUAUUCGUCGCUCCGAAGCUCCAGCUCGUGAAUGGUUAUCCAGGGGAAGGGACGGAAACCAUUAUGUGUAACAUAGCGAGUGACUAUCUCAACCAAGGCCAAUUCUACGAGGCCGAGAAACUCUAUGUUCAGGCCUUGGAGGCCAUGAAGGUCAAGUUUGGAGAUGACUAUCACGAUGCGUUUUUUCAUUCAAUCAACCUCGCGCGAACAUAUAAGCAUCUUAGACGAUACGACGAGGCAGAAUAUAUCUAUCAACACAUUAUCAAGGAGCACAAUGGUAACGACCAACUCCUCAAGCGACUGGCCGCUCAAGGGCUAGCAUGGCUCUACCGAGUACAAGGCCGUGACGAUGAGGGGAAAAGGCUCUGGGAUCAAAUGGAUCGAGGUCGACGUGAACAUGACAGAAACCCGCCUCCAAGGUCUUGGACACCGGCUGACUAG